CGAAAGCGCACCUCGCAGAUCUACGCUACCAAUUCGAAUCGGUGAGAGCGUGCGCGCGCGUGUCCAUCCGCGUGAAAAUUUCUGCCAGACGGCUGCAGCUAGCUUUGGGGUGUUCACCACUUAUCUUCCCUUCAUCGGCAUAAUGGAAAACGUUGGACGGGGCGAGCAAGUAGAGCAUGAAAUUAGCGAGUGCAUCGCCGCAGGGGAUUGGAAGAAAGUGAUCGACCUAGGACAGGCGUUGCCGUUCAACCAACGGGUGAAAUACCUAUGGCUGUGGCCACUGCAGAAGGAUCUCGAAAGGAUACGGGAAAGCUUGGUGCGGUUCGGUAUAACGGAAGUGCUGAGCAUAGGAUGCGGGACGGGCCUGCUGGAGUGGUUGAUCACUGCUUCGACCGGAAUCGUGGUAGCAGGCGUUGAAAAGGACGAACAGUGGUGGCGAUCCAAGUAUGCUACCAGAACGUACAUCCCCAUGCUAUUUGCUGAAGCGAUGACGAACGUAGACAACGAAUGUCAAGGUCAGCAAACGGGGCAGGCGAUGAUGUUUUGUUAUUUCAAUCAUGGCGCAGCCUUUCGAGAGUAUGUGAAAAAUUUCAGCGGUCACUAUGUGAUAAUCGCUGGGCCGAUGGAGGGAAGAGGUGUUCAUACGGAUCCACUGCCGUUCGGAGCUAAGUUCCCGGCCGAUCAGGAGUGGACAGUCGUGCACAGUAUUCCGGUGGGAAGUGAAAACCUCAAUCAAUUUGUGAUUUAUCAAAGACGGUGAAAUAAAGAUUCAAUGUUGUUUUCCUAGAGGGCACAUUUAUUCA